GUGGAUUGGAACCAGGGUCAGUUUAGACAUCACUCGACGCGGAGUUGUUGGGCAUCGCCGGGAGUCAAACUCAGACGGAUUCAAAUGUUUAGUGCGCCAACCACUGCGCCCCCCCCCCCCUCCAUUACGACUCGAAGUUCAGUGCAGCGAGGAAGGGGAGCUGAGCACCGGGUGAUUGCAAGGCAGCUCGGAGUGCUUUCCCAACGAAAGGCGCCGUAUAAAAGUGAUGUAUUAUCAUUUGGAACAGCCACACACGGGGGUGUUCUGAGUGUCCUGCUCUCGGGGGAGGGGUGGUGGUGGGGGCUAGAGAGGGGUGUGUGCGCGUGUACCCCUGCUUAUGACACUCCCCGCCCCACUCCCCCACCCGUCGCCUCCCCUUCCUUAUCAUAUAAAUUUACGAGGUCUCUCGCGCUCGAUGCAUUUGCAAGGGGACUCCAGUCACACAGCUCCACCUACCGCACGCACCGUGGCAGGAGUAGGCGCAGAUGGGAGCGUUACAAUAGUGGCGUGUAUGUGCGUGCGUGCGCACGCCCACGCGUACGCGCGGCUUCUCUCGGCACCACGGCGCGGCGUAUGAACUGUCGGUAGCAUUGUGAGCCUAGUCCCAGAGUUCAUUCAUACACGGGUCGUGGCUGAAUCGUCCGCAUGACGUCGCUUCGCAAAACAAAAACCGGAGACAAAGGCGUCCGGAGAACUUGGCUGAUGAAUGAAUUGGACGGAUACAUCAAUUAAUCUACACUGUGGAUGAAUGGAGGCGACGAUGAAUGAACGAUUGGAUGGUAGGGUGGCAGAGUGAAUUAAUGAAUGGGCGUGACGGAGGUGCACUUGGGCUACAGUAUCCUCUUCCGUGUGCCAUGCCCACCAGCCCAGCUCAACCCCAGCCUCCACCUCUGUGUGAUCUCCAGCCCAUGCAGCAACAUAAGCAGCAGGUGGUGGUCGUGUUACUGUUGCCGGCGGUCUCAUCAUGAGGUCCUACAGGAUCAGCCGCCUCCUCGCCGCUUUCCCCUGGCUCCUGGUCGCUCUGCUCGUGGCCGACUUCAAUUUGAACCGAGCCGGACCCAGAACGUCCACGUCCUCGCCGACUGAGAGGAUAUUGCAGCAGCAGCAGCGGCACCUACAGCUGCAGAAGCUGCGGCCGCACGCACCGUCACCUCUCGCACGGCCCGCAGCAGCAGCGGCGGUGGCAGGAGCAGUGCCGGCACGAGCAGCAGCAGCAGCUUGGAGGCUUCGACCUCUAUCGGUGCCGCAGCCGCCUCCCCCUCCUCCUCCUGCACCUCCUCCUCUUCCCAUUCACGCUGCAGCUGCGGCAGUGUUAGUAUCAGCGGCAGCUCAAGGGACACCUGCAGCAGUGAUCUACGUGGUGACGCCCACGUACGCACGGCCGGCUCAGAAGGCGGAGCUCACGAGGCUUGCGAACACGUUCAGACAGGUGCCGUGGCUGCACUGGGUGCUCGUGGAGGACGCGCCGUCGCGUUCGCCCAUGGUGCGCGCCCUGCUCGCCCGCUCCGGCGUGCCCGGCGCCACGCACCUGUGCGCCGUCACGCCGCGCCGCUACCGCCGCACCGGGCUACCCCGCGCCAGCGAGCAGCGCAACGAGGCGCUGCGCUGGCUGCGGGGCGAGGGGGCGCGCGGGCCCCUCCCCGCCGUCGUCUACUUCGCCGACGACGACAACACCUACAGCCUGGAGCUCUUCCACGAGAUGCGGGACACGCGCAAGGUGUCCGUGUGGCCGGUGGGUCUGGUGGGUGGGCGGCGGUACGAGCGGCCCGUGGUGCGAGCGGGACGUGUGGUCGCCUGGUACACGGGCUGGCGGCCAGACCGGCCCUUUGCCACCGACAUGGCCGGCUUUGCUGUGAAUCUGCAGGUGCUGCUGGAGAACCCCUUCGUGCAGUUUCGGCGCCGGGGUGGUCGCCCUGGGAUGCAGGAGUCGGACUUUCUGCGUCAGAUCACCACCAUGCAGGAGCUGGAGCCCAAGGCUCGCAACUGCACCAAGGUGCUCGUGUGGCACACGCGCACCGAGAAGGUGAAUCUGGCCAACGAGCCAAGCGGCCAGGGCGACAGCGUGGAGGUGGAGGUGUGAGCAGCUGCCGCCCUCCCGUGUUUGCAGUGGACAUCACCCACGUUGCCCGUGUCUGCACAGUGAGCCCGCACUGCUCGUUGCUAUUUCAGUUUACCGAGGAUGCCAGGACUUUUCAGUUCAGUUCCUCAAGAAGCUCCCAGCACAUGCGAGCGGAAUUUCUGGCAUCGUGCUGAACAACUCGCAGUACGACGCGAAAACACACACACGUGUUUUUGGACAAUCGCCGAUUAUAUUACAAGUCUGCUAUUGUCAAGAGGUAUUGGACACAUCCAUUGAAGUGGCGCUCAGACAAUGGUAAGCAAGAGAAGCACCUAAAGCCAGAUGAGGUUGAUGAUAAUACUAUUAUAGCCAACCAUGGAGGUUGUCUAUUGUAAUCAUAUAAUAAUUUCAACUUGUAACGCACCACAUAGUAUUUGUUCACUCUCAUAGAGAGAGAACGACUCAGAGGGGCGAAGGACCACAGACGAGCAGGAAGGCUGCCACGCGGUGAGCUGGCUCUAAGAAUUAUCCAAGCUCUGUGGUUCUCCAUGUAUGAAGGUGUUAUCAACCAAUUAAUGCGUGUUUACAUAUGGGAGGAAACCGGAGAAAAUGGAGAAAACCCAUUCGUGACGAGGGGAAAACACUAUCCAAUUCAGAUGGAGUCGGUGGAGUCCACAUUUUUGCUGUACUGCAUUCUCGUGGUCGAGCCAGCGAAUAGCACCUCCUCGCUGACUGCGGGAAGGGAGUUUCACUACAUUUGUGCAGUGAUCCACCAAACCUCGCCUCCAUAGUGCUGGAUUACAGGCAUGCACCACCGUCGCCUGGCUGUCCAACAGCUGAGAGACCUGGCAAAAGGAUAACGACUUCUUAGCCUCCAACUUACUUAUGCUGUGGAGAUACAGCUUUCUGAAUGGAGUCAGCAGAACCUUGCAUCCUGUAUCAGAACCGAUUAAGUCACAUGUUGAGUGUUUUACCAAGCAGAACUUGUUCGGGCUUGUCAGUCAGAAAUGUAACCUCAUACUAGGGGGAAGUACCCGGCGUUGCCCGGGCGAAAAAGACACAUACACACACAUAUCGACUUAGACACAUACAGACAUCGACACACACACAAACACAUCGACUUACACACAACAACCGCCAUUCG